AUGAAGACAGAUUUCAAAUUUUCAAAUUUAUGCGGAACAGUAUAUACCCAAGGAAAUUUAUUGUUUACUCCUGAUGGAAAUUCAUUGCUGAGUCCGGUUGGAAACCGUGUUUCAAUGUUUGAUCUUGUGAACAACAAAUCUCUAACUUUUCCAUUUGAGACAAAAAAAAAUAUAAAACGCCUUGCCUUAUCGCCAAAAGCUAAUUUGUUACUUACGGUCGAUGAAGAGGGCAGAGUUCUUUUAAUUAAUUUUCAACGUCGCAUAGUGUUACAUCAUUUUAAUUUUAAAUCUCCAGCUGAGGAUGUACAAUUUAGUACAGAUGGAAGAUAUUUCGCUGUUGCCCUCGGGAAGCACAUUCAAGUUUGGAAAUCUCCAGGUUUUAACCGUGAAUUUGCUCCGUUUGUUUUACAUCGAAAAUAUACAGGUCAUUUUGAUGAUGUCACUUCUAUAACAUGGACAAGAGAUUCCCAAUUUUUUAUUUCCACUUCAAAAGACAUGACUGCAAGAAUUUAUUCUUUACAUCCCAUCGAAGAUUUCACGGUUAUAACUCUAUCUGGACAUAGAGAUUACGUAAUAGGAGCGUAUUUUUCCGCUGAUCAAGAAACAAUAUAUACUGUCAGUAAAGACGGUGCUUUAUUUAUUUGGAAAUACAAAUCACCUGAUGAGUUAAAUAGGGUUGAGGAUGAGGAUGUGGAUGAAAUGGAUUUUGAUAAAAAAGAUGAUACCCAAUUAACCAAAAGAUGGAUGAUAGUGACUCGUCAUUAUUUUAAUCAAUCAGGAGCGAAAGUGGUUUGUUCUGCUUAUCACGCAGCGUCGAAAUUAUUAGUAGUUGGUUUUACAUCAGGUAUUUUUGGAAUUUGGGAAAUGCCAGAUUUUAAUAAUAUUCACACUUUGAGUAUUUCACAAAAGAAAAUUGAUUCUGUAACAAUUAAUGCGACUGGAGAAUGGUUGGCAUUUGGAUCUUCGAAAUUAGGACAACUUUUAGUUUGGGAAUGGCAAUCUGAAUCAUAUGUUCUUAAGCAACAAGGACAUUACUAUGAUAUGAAUACUUUAUCUUAUUCAGCAGAUGGUCAGAUUAUUGCAACUGGAGGUGAUGAUGGGAAAGUCAAAGUGUGGAAUACAGUAUCCGGAUUUUGUUUUGUCACGUUCACUGAACAUUCAUCGGGCGUGACAAUGGUGGAAUUUGCAAAAAACGGUCAAGUGUUAUUUUCCGCAUCUUUAGAUGGAACCGUUCGAGCGUUUGAUUUAAUUCGUUACAGAAAUUUUAGAACCUUUACAUCACCUUCACCAGUUCAAUUCACCGCAUUAACUGUUGAUCCUAGUGGAGAAAUUGUAUGUGCUGGUUCGAUGGAUACUUUUGAAAUUUUUGUAUGGUCUGUUCAGAAUGGUAAACUUUUAGAUAUUUUGUCAGGUCAUGAAGGACCAAUAAGUUCUUUAGCUUUUAGUCCAACUGGUGUUGAAUUAGCCUCUGGUUCAUGGGAUGGUACGACACGUAUAUGGGAUGUCUUUAAUCGUGGGAAACAUGUCGAAGUUUAUCGUCAUAAUUCGGAUGUAUUGGCCAUAACUUACCGUCCUGAUGGAAAACAAUUGGCAACGUCCACAUUAGAUGGUCAAAUCAAUUUUUGGGAUGUAGAAAAUGGUAUUCAAACUGGUACAGUUGAAGGUCGUAAAGAUAUUUCAGGUGGUAGGAAGGUAAAUGAUAGAACUACUGCUGCAAAUUCCUCUUCAGGGAAAUCAUUUAAUAACUUAUGCUAUACAGCUGAUGGAUCUUGUAUAUUGGCUGGGGGUAAUAGCAAAUAUGUUUGUCUUUAUGAAUUGAAAAGUCAUAUACUUUUAAGAAAAUUUCAAAUUUCACAUAAUUUAUCUUUAGAUGGAAUUCAAGAAUUUUUAAAUAGUAAGAAUAUGACAGAAGCCGGACCUUUUGAUUUAAUUGAUGAAAAGGGGGAAUUAAGUGAUCUAGAAGACCGGUUAGAUAAUAGUUUACCAGGAACACAAAGAGGAGACCUUUCAUUACGUAAAACAAGGCCAGAAAUUCGAACAAAAUCUAUAAAAUUUUCACCAACAGGUAGAUCAUGGUCAGCAGCAUCAACGGAAGUAUUAGAAACUUUACGCUCAAAAGAAUAUCUUAAAGCAAUAAUCAUGUCAUUUAAACUUAACGAAUUAUAUGUAAUUCAUCAAGUAUAUGAAAAAAUUUCACCUGAAAACAUUGAAUUAAUAGUUAAAGGUUUACCAGAAAAAUAUACGGAAAAAUUAUUAAAAUUUAUUGCCAACAACAUUGAAGAAUCUCCUCACAUUGAAUUUCAUUUAUUAUGGAUAAUGAAAUUAUUAACUAUACAUGGAAGAUAUUUAAGACAAUAUUCUAAUCAAUUUUCGAGUAUAUUACGGUUAUUACAAAAAGCUAUUGGAGAAACUCAAAAAGAUUUGGCCAAGAUAUGCGAUGAAAAUACUUAUACAAUAGAAUAUUUAUUAUCUAUAUAA